UCUCCCCCGGCCCCCCGCCUCAGUGAAGACGACGUGAAGAAACUCUGGUUGCACCUGAGGAAACAUGAGCCUCACCUACUUUCCAAUUUCGAAGAAUUCCUGACAAAAAUCUUCUCUCAGCUCCACGAAGCUGACGAUGAAAAGAACACCUUGGAGUGCGCCUUGCAAAACAAAAUGUCUGCCUACGAUGAUGAAAUCCAGCAUCUGUAUGAAGAAAUGGAGCAGCAGAUCAAAACCGAGAAAGAAAAAGUUGUGUUGGAGGGCGCUGAGAGGUUCCAGUCCCGACAGCAGGAACUGGAACAAAAACUUGUGGAAAAGGAGAAGGAAUUCGAGCAACUGACUCAACGGCAGAAAAUAGUAGGUGGAAAUUAUUGUGUUGUAAUCGCAGCAGAUUUUUAAGUGAGCUCAGCCAUA